AUGGACACGCUAGCAAAAAACUCGGACGUGACCGUGGGCGCGUUUGCGGUCCCGCCCCGAACAGAGUACAAGGGGAUGGCCCUAUAUAUAGGUGCCAACAUCGCCGCCUUGGUGUUCUUUCUGUGGUCUCUCUCCCCUACAUGGCUACUUCACUACCUGCACAUCUACUACUUUCCGUCGCGAUGGUGGGCGCUGGCCAUUCCCUCGUGGCUCAUUGCAGCCUUCAUCUUCACCUACGUCUUUCUCACCCUCUACAACAUUGAGGUCAUGACAUAUCCGCUGGACCGGCUCGAGGUGAUUGUGGACGAACAUGCUCGAGUUGACGGAGGCAAGAACGGCGAGUACUUCUGGGAGGCCACAGACGGAGUCUGGGAUCUACCUUUGGUUGACGUUUCAAAGGUUUUGUAUGGGGAUGAUAGUGAGUGA